UUCUGCUUUUCUGCUGCGUGAUGUUGGAAGUCGCAAUCGCAAAUAACACUAAUUCAUUUUUCUCUCCCAUCCACGAUUUACCUCGCAGACGGAUAUUACUAGAAACUUUGUGAAUGUAACUUGCAAAAAAAGAUUGAGCUAAGUAGAGUGAGUAUACAGUGUUCAGCAAAGAAAGGUUAAUCUCUCGACGUAGUCAUUAAAAAACAAGAAGCAAAAAAUUAUCCGGUGUAAAAGUGUUAUAAUAGAUUAGCGAAUAUAGUAAAACAAUGAGCGAUCAGCAAACACGCGACCAACCACGUGGAGUGGAUGCUCUAAAACAGCACAUCAUUGUCAAUAAAAUUGAUACCGCAUUAUGGGCAUCCCGAGUACUAACCAUUAUCUUCGCCUUGGGAUAUGUAGUUCCGAUAUUCGGCAACCCCACCAAUGCGUACUACAAAGUAUUAAUGGCCAACGCCGCCACAAGUGCCCUUCGUCUGCAUCAGCGUAUGCCAGCGUUUAAGUUUUCCAGGGCUUACCUGCAACAAUUGCUGCUGGAAGAUUCCUGCCACUAUUUGCUGUAUUCACUCAUUUUCCUGUAUGCUUAUCCGGUGCUGCUUAUCAUAUUCCCAGUAACUCUGUUUGCGGUUCUGCAUUCUGCCAGCUACUCGUUGACGUUGUUGGAUACUUUGGGACAAAACUCAUGGUGGGGUGCCAGGCUGCUCAUUUCACUGGUUGAAUUCCAGACACGAAAUAUUCUCCGGUUGGCAGCAUUCGCUGAAAUCUUCAUUAUGCCGCUGGCAGUCGUAUUAGUAUUUUUAGGAAAGGCCGGUAUUAUGACACCACUUGUGUAUUAUCAGUUUCUGGUAUUGCGGUACUCGUCCCGUCGCAAUCCCUAUACUCGAAAUGUGUUCUACGAGCUACGUUUGGUUACGGAAAACUUUGCCAACGGUGCUCGCACGCCACCGGUCAUUCGUAAGGUGCUUCAAAGCAGUGUUAGCAUCGUGAGCCGAUUAGCACCACCGAUGCAGCAGCAGCAGCAGCAACAACAAUAGAUGCAAUCGUGUGGCUUGUUGAAAACAAGUCAGCAAAAUUCAUCAUUUAACAAUCACGGCAUUCACUACAACCACCACCAACUUCAUCGCACUUUCAUGUAAAAUGAUAUAGCAGUUUCCACAAGCAUUUGAAGGGGCAGUAUAUGUUUUUGUUAGUUUGACAUACACUUUGUGGGAGUGUGCUGUUUUUCAUACAUACUUUAAUCAGUUGUAAUAGGAUAUGGGAUGUAACCUAUAAGUUGCUUUGUUAACAGUUUUAAAGGAUAGCUUAUACACACAACUAGGAACAAUUGACGAGUAAUGCAUAAAGACAGCAAAGGAUAUUAGUUUGGUUAUUUCGCCUAUAGUUAGACAACAUGAUUGACGAGCACUUAUGAAAAAUAGUAUGUGAAUCAAGAGAAUACAUUUUUUCCCUGGCGUGUUGUGUUUAUGUUUACUGUUAUGUGGAGAGAAGCUAAAUCAUAGUGCAGCUGGGUACAUUAGUUUUUACAACGACGAAAAAACAUGCCGGGUAACCUACAUUGAUGGUCAAUAAAUAUUUCUAUUUAGGUUAAAAGAGUGACACAUUUCCUACAA